UGGAAGCGACUGAAGAGAAUUGAAAGUAUUUUAUAUUUACAGCAUUCUAUCCCAUUUCCUAGUCUCAAACGGUUCUUCUCACAAUGGGAUCACACACACUGGAGAUACUUAGACAAGGGUUGUGGGCCUCUCUGACAGGAGGAUGGUUCUACGACCCUCAUCAGAGCGUAUUUUCGAAUACUUUCCAUUUAUAUUUGUGGCUAUUUUUCCUGUGUUUUCCUCUAACUUUGUACUUGACCCUCCCUUCUUCACUGGUUGUAUGGUCCAUUUACUGUGCUGUCAUUGCUGCAGUAUUUAUAGUAGUAAAAGGUAUCAACUACAAACUCCACAAUGUAUUUGACACCAGUGAAAUGAUAGAAGAGGAAGAAGCCCACGAGAGUGAUACCAGCUCUAGUAAAGCAGAUGAUGGAAGCAGCAAGACAGAUAAAACAACUGCCAGUAGAACACAAGGGGCUAGUGAAGAAUGUAUAGAAAUGAAGGUCCUCAAUGGCUCUCAGGCUAGAAGUAUAACACCUCCAGUCCAGUGCAGCUCUAGAAACUCUAUCACAGACUUACCCAGUAGCAGUAGGAAAACACCAGCAGAUUCCAUGGAAUACAUUAACAAACUAGUCAAAGAUGACAUGCAGUCUAAAGGAGGAGGAGUUUUAGAUUUAAAAGUAGAUGUACACAGAACAGAUUCAACAGAAGGUGGAACUACACAAGAUGAAAAGAGCUCAUCUUCACAUGAUGCAGACAUUGUUCAUUUACCAGACAUUGUUGUAUUGGAGGGACCAAAGCCAAGCAUUAUUCAGGCUGUUGUUAAUCAAAAUGGAGUAGCAGGUCAAGCAGAGAAAGCACCUGACAGGCCAACAGAGACUAAACCAUGCAAAAAGCAUGUUGCAUUUGAGAAGUUCAAAGAGUCUCAGGGAAUAAGUGACUCAGAUUUGAAAGCAGCUUAUAACGAUAAUCACCCCUUACACAGGAGACAUGCUGUUAGGAGAAACAAAAGUGCACUGGAGCUUAAGCCUAACAUAAAAGUCAGAAAUGACCAAAUGGACAAGAUAUUUCAAGAAAAAGCUAUAAAAAGGCGACAAAUGUCGUUACCACAGGAUAGUGCAAUAUUUAGUGAACUGGAACCACAUGCGUUUUCUGGAAACCAAAAUCAGGAUGACAUGUCCAAGUCUGAGGAACAAACAUAUGGUGAUUUUACUGAACCUCACAAGGAAAGUGGAGUGAGAGAUGUGAAAGUGCGGUCUUUUUCUGAACCCCAUGGUGAUGGUAAUGCUGGUUUGGAUGUCAUGUCACAAGACGAACCAUUCAGAGAACGCAUUCUAACCCCAUCUUCACAGUCUAUGGCUCUUCUUAGAAAACCGGGGUACAAAAGAAAACACAAAGAUACAAAAAAUCUUGACAUUGUUCAUAAACCAGGGUACACGUCAGAGCCAUCUUUUAUAUUUCAUCAAGAGAAUUCUGAAGGAGGAGAUAAUUCAUUUGUAGAUAUACAACUACCUGCUAGUUCGUCUACAGGCACAGAUGGGGACUCUAAACCACUCCAAAGUGAUCAGGAUUCUCAGAGGACCUCUAGUCCCCAGUCUAGUGCUUCCUUUCAUACUCCUGUUUCAAGCUGUUAUUCAAGCAUGAGUGAAUCUGACUCGGAGCAUUCCCCAGUUUCCACAGAGACUACUUCCAAUCCUAAAGGCCCACUGUCAAAGACAGCAGAUCUGAGUCAAGAAGACAAAUCGGAUUCAAAUCAGACGUUAACAGAACAAACAGCCAAAAAGACCGAUAAUAGUUCAACCAAACAGAAAAGUCAGCCAAAACUGAAAAUGCCAAAAUGGCUGAAGAGGUCCAGCAAGUCCCCUCCCCCAGAACAUGUUAGUCAGACUUCCUUACAAAGUGACACUGGUUUGUACUGGAUGUUCCACACAGACAGUGACUCUUUCACAUCAGGAGACAGUCGGUGCCAUUCAAGAACUGCAUCAGUCGAUUCUUCCAGCACCUUAACAAAUGACGAGGAUGAGGUGGGUCAGUAUCCCAGUAGGCAUCCAAGGACAGGAAAGAGAUCAAAGACACAAAAUCCAAGCAGAACACCGAGUACAUUGUCACAGGGAAGUGCACAGAAUACCGCUGAUCUGCCACAGGAAGACUUGUCUUCAAAAGAGAAAGAAAGACAAAAAGACACGGAAAAGAAUAAAGUCGAUGGGACAGCAUCCUCUCCUGAAGAAUAUUUUGAAGAUGUACCUGUUGUUGAUAAGACCCAUGGUGCCAUUCCAAAAAGACCAAUUAAAAAACUUCCACAGUUAGAUGAUGAUGAGACUCAAGCUGUAGAGGAAUCCAAAAGAGCUGUAGAUGUUAUACAGGAGGUUGAUAUUAGCAGACGUAUACUGGAAAUUUUAAGUAAAAAUGACCCAGUGGAGUGUGAGGAAGAACUGAGAAAACUGAAGGAAGAGCUGGACUUGAAUAAAAGGCAGUUUGAACGAGGGGCAUCAGACAGAAGUCAGAGUGGAGGUGAUGGAUCCAGGCCAAAACGUGUGCGUCAUAAUGAUGGACCAAGCAGAGACUCAUCUGCCUCUAAUUCAGAGACGUCAGCCUUGUUGUCCUCUCCAGCACACAGUCUUCAGAAUGAGGGGGUUGUAAACAGGAGAUCCCGCCACAGAAGCAGUCGCAGCAGUAAGCGUUCUUCACAGACAUCAUUUCGUGAGCCCCAGCCCCCAGCUGCUUUGCAAGCAAAGAUCGAGUCCCAAGGAAAACACCUGGCUACCUCCCAUGAAGACACAACAGAGGGAGCAGUGCACUGUUUUCAGGACGAGAUGGGAAAUUGGUAUACAUACACAUUUGGUGAAGGUAGCACAGGGACUGCUACUGGAAUUGCUGAGAAGACUCCAUAUGAUAGAUGGGACUCCAGCUCCAGUGACUCUGGUUCCACAGUGAUACUGGACCCUCCAAAAGAUAACCAGACCAGACAAGAACUGAGGUUCCAGUUAGUGGAGGAACCCCUGGAACUGCCAGGCUCAGUGGGGCCAAGAAGAGAUUUGACCACCAGCACUCCUUUACAGAGUUAUAUUGAACAUCUAUUAGACAAUCGUGCCAUGAGAGGUCGAGGUGGAACUACAACGCAGACACAAAAUUCCAUCUCUGAUUCUGACUCUGAUACCACUCAUGAUAUUACAGCAAUUGAAGAGAAACCUAAAUUUUACUACAAGUUUUGGAUCAUACCAGAUAAAAAGUUUUUAAAGUUGAGAUUUGACAGACUGGCUCUGUUAGCUUUGUUAGAUAGAAACCUGUCCAUCUUUGAAAAUUGUAGUGCAGUAUUGCUGGCAAUACUGGUUGGUGUGUUAGGAUGUUUGCUGUUGUCUCAAGAAUUUUUCAAAGAUUUCUGGAUAUUUCUCUUCUGUUUUAUCAUUGCGAGUUGCCAAUAUUCACUACUUAAGAGUGUCCAACCAGAUGCAGCUUCCCCAAUGCAUGGUUAUAACCACAUCAUCGCCUUCAGCCGUCCAUUCUAUUUCACCGUCUGCUGUUCCUUGAUACUGCUGCUGGACUAUGCAAGCUCGAAAUUGGAGCCUUCCAGCUACACUCUCUAUGGUAUUGCUGUCACCAGUAAAGGAGCAGUGACAUUUGCAAGGGAUUUAUUGUUAGUAUUUGUCUUGUGUUUCCCAGUUAUCUUCACAUUUGGAUUACUGCCUCAAGUCAACACAUUUUUCAUGUAUCUGCUGGAACAGAUUGACAUGCAUGUGUUUGGAGGAUGUGCAACCACAAGUCUUCUAGCUGCCUUUUUUGCUGUGGUAAGAAGUGCGAUGGCAGUUGCAGUGCUCUAUGGAUUUGCUUUUGCUUCUCUAAAGCUGACCCUAGAGCUCAAGGAUAAAUCCCAGAAUGUGAUGUUCUCUGUGUACUGUGCCCUGCUGGUGCCGAUGUCUUACCACUUGAGUCGGUGUGCAAGUGAUCCCGAGGUCCUGAUAUCUAUGGUCAAAGACAAACUGCAGAGUAAGGUUUGCAAGAGGAAUGAGGAGGCAGCAAAUGAAAAAGAUGAGGAGUUGGUUGACCCUUUACCAGAAAAACUGAAAGGAUCUGUGUAUGAACGUUUGAGGUCAGAUGGCAUCGUGUGCCUGGUGGCUGCCUUAAUGACGUUUGCUGUCCACGUAAGCACAGCAUUCACCAGCCUUCAGCCCCACCUCCACGCAGUGCUGUGUUACAUAGCUGGCACCUUGGGCCUGCUGAUCCAUUACCUGAUACCUCAGCUGAGGAAGGAAAUGCCUUGGUUAUGCUGCUCACAUCCACUGCUGCAGAGUCAUGAGAGGAGUCAGUUUGAAGUGCGAGAUGCAGCCAAGGUGAUGUGGUUUGAAAAGGUGUAUUUGUGGCUGAGAUUCAUAGAGAAGAAUUUCCUGUAUCCUACUCUAUUUCUCAGUGCCUUGACCAGCUCUGCCCCAGUGGUUGUGAAUAAGUUUGGAUAUUUGAUCGGAGCUCUGGUAGUGACUGUGUGUGGCAUUAAGAUGUUUCGCAGUGCCUUCGUCCACACUCCAAAACAGUACCUGAUUGUUGUCUUCACUUUCUUCUUCUUCAAGUAUGACUAUGGUCAGGCCUCAGAAUCCUUUCUUAUUGACUACUUCUUUAUUGCCAUAUUUGUUAACAAGUUUUACGACUUUUUACUGAAAGUGCAAUUCAUCCUGACUUACAUAGCGCCAUGGCAGAUCACCUGGGGUUCUGCCUUCCAUGCCUUUGCUCAACCUUUUAGUGUGCCACAUUCUGUGAUGCUGUUUGUUCAGGCAGCAGCUUCUGCCAUUUUCUCCACCCCCUUGAACCCUGUGCUAGGAAGUGCCAUCUUCAUCACCUCUUAUGUUAGACCUAUUAAAUUUUGGGAGAGAGAUUACAACACAAAAAGAGUGGACCAUUCAAAUACAAAGCUGGCCAGUCAGUUAGAGAGAAAUCCAGGCUCUGACGACAACAACCUGAAUUCUAUCUUCUAUGAGCACCUGACCAGGUCCUUGCAGCACAGUUUAUGUGGAGAUCUAAUGAUGGGCCGGUGGGGCCCAGCCUCUCAGGGAGACUGCUUUAUCAUGGCAUCAGAUUAUCUCAAUGCACUAGUACACAUCAUCGAAAUGGGGAACGGACUCGUUACAUUCCAAUUAAGGGGGCUUGAAUUCAGAGGUACUUACUGUCAGCAGAGGGAGGUGGAAGCAAUUACAGAGGGGGUAGAAGAUGACUAUGGGUUCUGUUGUUGUGAGCCAGGUCAUCUCCCCCAUUUUCUGUCUCUGAAUGCUGCCUUUAACCAGCGAUGGUUAGCUUGGGAAGUGACUGUUACAAAGUAUGUGUUAGAGGGAUACAGCAUAUCAGACAACAGUGCAGCAUCGAUGCUGCAAGUGUUUGACCUGAGGAAAGUGCUGAUCACAUAUUAUGUCAAAAGUAUUAUUUAUUACACUAUACGGUCACCAAAACUUGAGCAAUGGCUGUUUGAUGAGAGCAUACGGACUGCUGUGCAGCUGACGUUGGAGAAAAACUAUGUUGACCUGGAUCCAACAUUUAACUUACAUGUUGAUGAAGAUUAUGAUAUGAGACUCUCUGGAGUAUCAAGAAAUAGUUUUUGUAACACUUACCUUAGUUGGAUACAGUAUUGUGCUUCCAGAAGGAACUCAAAUCUAGACAGCCAUAAGGACUCAUCACUGGUGUCGCUGUGCUAUUCGUUGAGUCUGCUGGGAAGGAGGGUCAUGUUCACAGCCUCUCACAAUAAUGCAUAUGCUAGUGUUGACUUCUUCCUGUAUGGCCUCCAUGCAUUAUUCAAGGGAGAUUUCAGAAUAACUUCUCCCAAGGAUGAGUGGGUGUUCACAGACAUGGAACUGUUAAGAAGGGUAGUAGCACCUGGCAUCAGAAUGUCUCUAAAGUUACAUCAGGAUCACUUCACUUCUCCUGAUGAGUAUGAAGAACAUCAGAUGUUGUAUGAUGCUAUCACUGGGUAUGAGCAGAACCUGGUGAUAUCACAUGAAGCAGACCCUCAGUGGAGAAAUGCUGUACUUGCCAAUACGCCAUCUCUACUAGCUCUCAGGCAUGUGUUUGAUGAGGGUUCAGAUGAGUACAAGAUCAUCAUGUUAAACAAGAGAUUUCUUAGUUUUCGAGUAAUCAAGGUGAACAGAGAGUGCGUGAGAGGCCUGUGGGCAGGCCAGCAACAAGAGUUGGUCUUCCUGAGAAACAGAAACCCUGAGCGGGGCAGCAUACAGAAUGCCAAACAGGCUCUCCGCAACAUGAUAAAUUCUUCCUGUGAUCAGCCUAUAGGCUACCCCAUCUAUGUGUCCCCCCUGACAACCUCCUACUCGGGGACUCAUGAACAGUACACUGGGAUAGUAGGGAAGGAGUUCUCCCUCAAUGGAGUAAAGAAUGCAUUGAAGGCAUUGUGGAAAAGGAUGCGCCAGCGGUGUGGUGCCGGAUGCACCAGUGGUGGGUCCAAUCUAGAAGACAUGGGAGGCUGUGGGCCCACCAUUGUCACUGUUUCAGGUACCUAUGGGGGACCUGAGAGACCACACCAGGGCAGUUUAACCAGCACUACAGCCCCACAGGCAGACAAUAGUACCAUCUUGACCAAUAGAGGGAGCUUUAUAUCCACAGCCAGCUCUGCCAGCAAACCAAGUUCAGCCUUAGUCAACAUUGCAGGCUUACUAUCAGAUAGCACUGCAAGCAAUAAAGAUCCUGUAACUCAGAGAGUACAGAUACAAGACAUAGGGCAAGUGUAUGAUACCAUAAACUUGGGGCGCAGAAUAGAUGUUCAGUGGCCGAGUGACGAGUGGAGACAAAAUGGCGGCAAGAACGGUUGGAAGAGCUGGUUUCCUGACAAGGGCAUGGAGGGAACUGUUGUUCACAAAUGGAUGCCGUGUCACAGGGAACCAGGCAGAAGAUCUCAUGUCGAUAAAACUAUUCUCUUGGUGCAAGUUGGUGAGAGAUUUGUUCCCAUUGCUGAGGCAGGGGUUAUUGAUUUGGGUGCAGAAGUAUGAUGGUGAUAAGAUAAAAAAAGGUGCUUUCAACUUAUAGAAGUAAAAGGAUUUGUUGCCAGUGGUUUAAGUUAGAGUGUAGAUAGCACUGCUGUUUAUUCAUUACAAAGACAAAAGGCAUCUUAAUGUUAUUAUUUAUGAUGAAUCAUCUCUCAUGCAUGGUGAGACAAAACUUAAAGAAUCAUUUAUCUGGAGUAAUAACAACUGUUAUUACAAUCACAUUUUCAGGUCAUGUUUAUUACCCUUGUGUAUACAAUAAGUCAACAUGAAACAACUUAUCCCAAGUGAAAUAGGAUGAAAUUGCUUGGAUAAUUUCAUCAGAACAUUUGUUUGCCUUUUGUGAUAAUUGGCAAAUUGCUUUAAAAGUAAUCUUAGACUACAUACUCAUGCAGUACUAGGCAGCAGUUGAUAUUCUUGCUCUGCAAGAAGGAUUUAAUCUGUUUGUUCAUGGAAGGUGGGGAGCAUCUAUUGUGCCAUUGCUAUUGAUAAUUAUGAUAUUAUGUUACAAGAAAAUAUAUAUACACUAGUAUUGCUUCAGUUAAGUGUUUUAUUUAUGGGACCAAUAGAAAAAUGCUGAACCGGUUUCUCUGCAUGUCUUAUAAUAUUGGCUAAGGUCAUCAGGGUUGUGAAUCAGGUUACAACAGAAAUGCCAGUUUUUUUUCACACUGUGAGAUAAAAAACGAGGUAAUUUUACAGUAUUGUAUUAGAGAGAUCAUCUGCUGGGUCAAAACACUACUGGGUUUCUGAUUUGGUGAUACUGUUAUGAAGCAAGGGAAAAAUUAGUUUGAAUAUGUGGCCUAUUUAACUGAUAUUAUAUGUGAGUAAACGGGUUAAAUAUACUAUUUAAAUUCUUGAAUAUUCAAUGAUAAAUGGAUUUGAGAAUGGAUGAGAAAAUAAUUGUGUCAGCUCAUAACUCAUGCUUGUGUGUCAAGUUGGAAAGGUAAUCACAAUCAAACAAUAGAUAUUAAAAUAUUCAUCACUAUUUGUGUUUUAAUGUUAUUGUGAUUUGAUAAGAAUUAAGGCAUCCACAAAUGUUACAUGUGAUAUUAAAUC